AUGCUUCGUCAAGUAAAACCCCGAAAUGCCCGCUCCAAGCGAGCCCUCGAGAAGCGCGAGCCCAAGGCCAACGAAAACCCCAAAACAUGCCUCUUCCUCCGCGGCAACAACUGCUCGCAGGUCGUCCAGGACGCCAUGAACGACCUCUUUGCCAUGCGCCAGCCCCUCUCCAAAAAGUUCACCAAGAAGAACCCCAUCCACCCGUUUGAGGACGCCGCCUCCAUCGAGUUCUUCUCCGAGAAGAACGACGCCAGCCUCUUCGUCUUUGGGUCCUCGCAGAAGAAGCGCCCGCACGCCAUGACGCUGAUCCGCACCUUUGGCCACAAGGUGCUCGACAUGCUCGAGCUGCACCUCGACCCCGAGACGUACCGCUCCAUCGCGCAGUUCAAGACCAAGAAGUUCGCCAUCGGCAUGCGGCCCAUGCUGCUCUUCGCGGGCAGCGCCUUUGAGAGCCCCGUGCCCAACGAGUACACGCUCGCCAAGAGCAUCCUCCUCGACUUCUUCAAGGGCGAGCCGUCGGACAAGAUCGACGUCGAGGGCCUGCAGUACAUCAUCUCCGUCGCCGCCGAGGACGUCGCCGGCGAGGGCGACGCCAAGCCCACCAUCCACCUGCGCGUCUACACAAUCAGCACCAAGCGCAGCGGCCAGAAGCUGCCCCGCGUCGAGGUCGAGGAGAUUGGGCCCCGGAUGGACCUCCGGGUGGGACGCAUGCAGGAGGCCGACGAGGCCAUGCUCAAGGAGGCCAUGAAGAAGCCGCGCGGCACCGAGGAGCGGACGAAGAAGAACGUCACCAUGGACUCUAUGGGCGACAAGCUGGGUCGCGUGCACUUGGGCAAGCAGGACUUGAGCCAGAUGCAGACGAGGAAGAUGAAGGGCCUGAAGCGGUCUCGUGAUGACGGAGUUGAGCUGGAGGAUGUCAUCGUGGAUGAACCCAAGAGGGCGAGGAAGUAA